AUGUCGACAGUGCCAGACGGAAUCGAUGUUUACAAUUCCACCAUCAGGGAGGAGGACAGAAACUCCUACAAGAACGCCUUGGCUGAAAAAGGUGAUUGGAAUCACUGGUCGUUUGAAGUUGUGGACGGGUACUUCAAGCAGCUGUUGCCCGAGACAGACGAAACCACAUUCGACUACUUCAAAGAAAAUUUUGGGCGCAUGAAAUCAUGGGAGAAGAUCUUUGAGGAGCUUGAUGAGCUCAAUGAAAAGGCUGACGACUCCACUGCCUAUAAGCUCUUCUUCCUUGGCCGUCACGGUCAAGGCUACCACAACUUGGCCAACUUGAAGUAUGGCGAGAAGGAGUGGAAUAGACACUGGCUGCGUGUCUGUGGCGACGAUGAGAUGACGUGGGCGCCUGAUCCCGAGCUCACGGAAUUGGGUCUUGCUCAGGCCAAGGACAACCGCAACCAGGUUGGCAUUGAGCUCAAGGACAAGAUGAGAUUGCCCACCAAGUUCUUUUCUUCUCCGUUCAGCCGGUCUGUUGACACGCUCAUUGGUACGUGGCAAGACCACGUGGUUCUCGAGGACGUCAAGCCAUUGAUCAAGGAGGACUUUAGAGAGACGAUAGGCAUCCAUAUCUGUGACAAGAGAUCACCACGUAGCGUGAUUGAGGAGAAGUACGCCAAGAAAGGCUUUGUCAUUGAGGAUGGUUUCGUCGAGGAAGAUAUUUAUUUCAAGAACGACUAUAGAGAGAAGGUGUGGGAGCAGGCGUUGCGCAUGAACCGGCUGUUCAACUACAUUUUCGACAACACAGACAAGAAGAAGGAUCUGUUCGUGAGUGUCACGUCCCACUCGGGCUCGAUCAGAACUCAAUUGUUGGUUUUGGGCCACCGUGCUUUUGCCAUUGGCACCGGUGGUAUGAUUCCAGUGUUGGUGAAGGCCACCAAGUUGGAGUCCGAAGGAUUGACCAAAAUCAUCACAUAA